UGUAAUGGCAAGCAGGACUGUAAGAAAAGUGAAAAGAGGUAAAGUUAAAGAAUCCACUAUUACUGGCUCCUGUAAUGAGCUUCCAGCAAUCAUCAUCACCCAAGCAGAAGACAUGAAAGUUAAGAUAUUAAAAAAAUCUACUGCAAACAAAAAUGUUUCUAGAGUUAACAUCAAUGAAAUGAGUACUACAACACAAAAUACAAAAGCCGGCGAAAACAAGAUGGCCGAAUUUAAUGUCACACAACUAAUAGCUGAACUAUCAGAAAACUCAAGAGCAUCUAAAGGUGAAAUAGAGAAUAUACAGAGGAAAUUAUUUCAACAAGCAAACGCAAUUUUGAAAGUCAACGCCUUUGCUAACUCUCAGACGACGGAACCACGCGUCGUUGAUAGCACACGAAAAUACAGUAAUACGCCCCUGUACGGUAGAAUACCAAUGUUGAGAAAUCAUAACGCUGUACCGCAAGUAAAUACUGUCAUAGCAAAUCAACAAGAUCUCAACAAGUUAGAUGUUUCGCGCCAAAACCUGCCUAUUGCGAACAUGGCCGUUGCGACGAAGGCCGUCGACGUGCGCCGAGCGGACAAUCAACUUGGCGACACUCAACUAGUCCCCGAGAAGCUACAAGAAAAUUCCUUGCUGUUCCCCGUGGAUAAUGCGGGCGCAAUGAUAAAUAGCGACCAGGGAAAUAUGCAAAGGGUCGGCACAUCGUCGGUGGACGCGGGAAGAGGUGUUUUUUUCUACGAAACGGGUUCUGCCGCGAGUCGCUUGCCUGCCAGUGCGCGCGCCGCUCCGCUAAGAGACUCAUCAGAUCCUGUCCCGCCGUACAGGAUGCCGCCCGCGCCCGAGGCUUUGCCCGGAGCACCCGCGCCCACGUCAGCUGCCCUUCACACACACUCCGCUAAAUUCCCGAUCGAACGCGAGGUGAUUCUGUCAUCAGGCGACAAGAACUCCAAAGCACCCAUGCUUCAGGACGCCAGGAAGAGAGGCAGGCUGGGAGCUGUGGCUCCUGACACUCCCCCCAAGGCUUUAGCGGCCUGGACGCGUGGCGAUAACCAAGCCGGCACAUCAGGCGACUUCAGACAAUACCACGAGAACUACAGCUAUGCCCUUCACCAGAACCAAAAUCAAGGAGCCAUAUCAAGGACCCCACAAUACGAUUCACCAAAACCACCUAUCCCAGCCAAAAAUUACGUUACAAAAGACAGUCCAAACAAUUCACAACAAAUCACAGUGACCGUUGAAACUGGUAAAGAUAACACGAGAGAUGCUCCUAAAAGUAAUAAAUCUGUCAGUAAGACUUAUCAUACACUAAAAGACAUGAUCUCCAAUAGGUUUAAGAGUAAAGAUAGUAAUGACAAUGAGAAGACUGAAGAAGCAGGACUAAAUAAUAGUGAAGAAAGGAAAAGGCCGGAACCUGAGCAAACUCCGCCGAGGGAGGUAGGGAGGAAAGUAGAACAAGGAAUUUACGGCAGACCAAUGCAGCAGGCAAGACCAGAAAUGAAGUACGGCCAUGCCGUGGCUAACAAUAUGGCGUAUCCAAGUCCGUCGCCGCAUCGACAAUUAAUGCAGCAGCAGAUAGUUCAACAGCAUAUGAUGUUGAAUCAAGCCAGAUCUCAAGAAAUGCUGGCAUCCCCCCAUCGCCAACCUCUGGCUUUGGGGGCUGAUGCCCUGUAUCAGCAAUAUGGACCUCCAGGAAGAAGGAGUGCCGUCUACCAAAGAGACAUUGAUGUUAGGUCGAUGGCUAACUUUACUUCUCUGAAGACUGGGCCACAAAGUCAGUUCGAUAACUCGCAUUCAAGACCGGAUCUUCGAAGUCCACAACAGUUAGAACGAGAAAUAAUUAGGCAGAGAGGUUUUGUUGAAGGAAGACGAGCGGCGUCACAUCCUCACCUCUUGGACGAACCACAACAUAGACCUGAAAUAGUUUCCCCGCCAGUACAUGACAGAUCUAGAAGGAAUUCUCAUGGCAAUCUUCUCGACGGAGUGGCCAAUGAUUCGCCAAGAAAUGUUUGUGAUGAACGCGAAUCAGACGACGGAGGAUUCAGAUCACGACUCGCAGCCCAAGGUAGAUCUAGUUUCGAAGGGAGAAUAAGAACGAGCGGCAGAUCUAAUGAAUCGCAAAGACAUGAGAGGGUUCAAGAAUACAGAAGAACACCGGACAUACAUAAAGAAAGAAGGACUCCAGAUUCAAUAGCACAAAAACAGAAAGAAGAUACAAGUCAUGGCGAGAGGAAUGAUGAGAGUGCCAGCCAGAAGUCUGCAGAUAGUGUGUAUACAAGUAAACCUGAGUCAUAUAAUCCUCAACCAUCGUCUUCUAGACAGACUCCCAGUAGGAUAGAAGAUUUGAAGGCGCACGGGAAGAAAGGUGCUGGAUCAGGUGCUAGUUCAGAUUACGACAAGAACGGCGGUCAAUCUUCCAACGUGGACUCGGGGCGGGGCAGCGUGGCCUACUCAAGUGGGCGAAGACCUGAAGCCAGUCUCCAUGACACGUCAGCUGAUUCUGAUGCUGUGGGCUCUUCCAGGGUCAACCCUCAACCUGGGACUAGUCAGCAACCGGCAGGACAGAGUGGUGAAAACGAAUGGGCAGAUCUAGUAGAAUGCGAACUCAGACAAAUCCUGGAGCCGAAACUAGCUGGCUUACGGCUGGAGACUUCAGGCAGCUCCGAGAGUUCAGUGACCCCACCGCUGCCACCACUUUCUCCGUCAUCCGAUAUGCAUAAAAGAAACAGUCUUCCAGGACGAUCGUCAGAGUACCCAGAAGAACGUAGGAGAGGUCGCGACUCCCCUCGGUGGCAUUCUCACAAGAAACAUUCGUCCAAACGCGACCACCAUUAUAAGAAACAUUUGUUUGGUCUGGACACAACGGACAUGACGUCAACGACCACUAGGAGCCUGGACUUGUCAUCUCUUCUCGACGGUCGGACAGACAGCGAUGCUUCCACAGGGGACGCUAGAGCCAUAAGAAGACAGCUCCGGGGCUUAGAAAACAUGUACGCAGAAGUGCUGCAACUCUUAGGCGUGAGGAAACCAGCUAGUUUGGCCAAGCAGCCCACUUGGGAAUCAAGGUUGUCUUCAAAGCGUCGCUACGGCAGCAUGUCGUCCCUGCCUUCCAGUUCUGUCAGCAGUCGCCCCGUCAGGGAUAAACGUCGAAGCUCCGACCACAGAAAAAAACAUGACAUCAAGGGCAUCAACAAGCGCUUCCAGCGCCUGGAGUCGCACGUGGUGACGCUGGCGCGCUCCGUGGCGCACCUCUCCAGCGAGAUGCGCACGCAGCACCUCGUCAUGCAGGAGAUGGACAGCAUCCGCGCCGAGAUCUUGGCGCUGCGGCACAUGUACAAAUCACAGCAAUACCUCCGCUCCGGGCCCCGGCACUCUGACCCGUUCUCCUUCAGCAACCCCGACCGCGUGAAGAGGCUCACCAAGUUCUUCGGAGACGAGCCCCCGCUCAUGAGGCUGUUCCUCAAGAAACUUGGCUACGAGAAAUACGCAGCACUACUGGAAAAAGAGAAGGUGGGUGCAGCGGAACUGCCCUACGUGGGUGAAGACAAGCUUCGCGCACUGGGAGUUCCCCUCGGACCCCGCAUGAGGAUCCUGAAGGAGGCCGGCAUCCAUCAGGAGCUGCACCAUUUGUCCAGAGACGAUCAUAACACCACCACUACGUUGGCUAUUGUUUGACGAGCAAAAAACUGUUACUGAAUGUUAAAACUUCAAUAUCAAAGUAAAUAUAGUGUGUUUUUAUAUAAAAUAUAAUUGUUGCCCGCGAUUUCGUUUGCCGUGUAAA